AUGUCGCACUCUACGCUCAAGUCCGAUUCCGAAACCCGGCCAUGCUCAGCAUGCCAUCAUCCUCCAAACAAGCUCCGCGGACCUACGGCGGUUAUCACAAGCCUCAGUGCCCUUCGCCAUAGUGGACAGUCCGGCUGCCUUUCAUGCUCUGUCUUGAGUGCCGGCAUUGAUGGCGUCAUUGAUGAUGAUGCGGCCCGGCUUCGGAAUGCCGUCGAAAGGCUCCGCAUAGACAUAAACAUGGCGGCAUCAGGGCAGAGCCUAACCAUCACCCUGUUUACACGCCAGCUGGAGAUUUCCGUUUUUGCCCCUCCACCAUCCAUUGGGCUUUUAGACCUACCCAAGAAUACAAAUUCUGAUACUAGUUUCGAAUGGGUGGCAGAGAGACUUAGACAAUGCGACAACAGCCAUGGAUGCAAUCAGAGACGCUCAAAGUUGGCGGCAACCCUACCGAGGAGAAUCCUUGACGUGGGUUUUACGGACAGCAGCCUCAUUCGUUUAAAAGAACUUGAUAUCGAAGCCAACGCGGUACCAAAGUAUGCUUGCUUAAGCCACUGCUGGGGCGCUUCACAACCUUCGAAAACAGUAGCGGCCAACCUUGAUUCGCAUAAAGACGAGAUCUCAUGGAGUUCGCUGCCGCCCGUUUUUCAAGAUUCUAUCGCCUAUGUGCGUAAACUAGGAAUAUCUCUGUUGUGGAUCGACAGCCUGUGCAUCAUACAAGACGACAAACAGGACUGGAGAAUAGAAGCCGCCAAGAUGGCUUCAAUCUACCAAAACGCAUAUCUCGUACUCUCUGCAUCCAAGUCGCCCAGCUCAGAAGAUGGUCUUUUUGGCGGAAUUGACGAAAAGUCAAAUCCCAUCACAAUUCCUAUUCCAUCUCUAAGUCCAGGAUCUGCACUAUGCUUUCGUAGAUCUCUUACACAUUUACCUGGAUACAUGGACCAAAGGCUUGUCAAGAAAUCUCCCCUCCCAACUUUUAAUCGUGGGUGGAUAUUUCAGGAGCGCCUUCUGGCCUCAAGAGUUCUUCACUUUGGACCACAAGAGCUCUCAUGGGAGUGCUUAGAGGAAUCUGCCUGUCAGUGCACUGGGAAUUCUUCUUCUUCGACCAGCGGUGGAGCUAUUGAUACAGCUCUUACGAUGGAGGCGCAGCGGAAAAUGAAACACAAAUCAGUUUUUAACGAUGAUUAUUGGAAGCAGCUAGAUGAAAUUAAACUCAUCAAAGUCUGGCAUAUGUUGGUAGAGGACUAUACGAGACUUCUUCUUACCUUUGAGAGUGAUAUUUUCCCAGCAAUGUCAGGCAUCGCGAAGAGUUUUCAGCAAUAUACAAAAUCAGAAUAUGCUGCUGGAAUGUGGAAGAAUUCUUUGCUGUGUGAUUUGGCAUGGUAUAAAGUAACCACGUCCGACAGCUCGACGGAGAAUAUGGAAUGGCGACAACGCCCGAAAGUAUGGAGAGCUCCAACAUGGUCUUGGGCCUCGGCACUGGGCCCCAUUCACUUUCUUGAUAUAGGAAAUGGCUUGGUUCCUUUGUGUGAACUCGAAGAAGUGAAGUGUUUACCCUUCCAGGCAGACCCAACCGGCGAGCUUAGAGGUGGUCAUCUCUUGCUACGUGGCCAUCUUAUAUCGACUUCAAUCCAGUAUAGGUCAUCUGUGAACGAAGAUCAAGGUCCACGGCCAUUAUUUAAUCUAUACGAACUGGACAUUAUGCAAAGGCAAGUGGGCAAUGUAUUCGCAGACUACGACUCAUCUCUGCCAGAAACUGAUCAUGUCGAUUCUGGAACUCCUGUAAAGUGCUUCAUGCUCACGACAAGGCCUGACUCGGGCUCACUGACACUGCUUCUGUUGAACGAGAUUGGCUAUGAUGAGCAAAAUUGCUGUGCCGUAUGGAAGCGACUAGGGUUGCUCGAAUUAUCGAAACCUCCUACGGUACUCCGGGAUGCCAAAGAGUAUUGGUUGGACGUCUUCAAAUCUCAGUUAGCCGAUAUGACGCUGCUGAAAAUUAUUUGA